CUGCUUCAUAAGUAGAUUUCGAGAAAACAGUUUUAAUCAUGCCGCCCAAAGCCAGUGGUAAAGCUGUCAAGAAAGCCGGCAAGGCUCAGAAGAAUAUUACGAAGACUGACAAGAAGAAGAAGCGCAAGAGGAAGGAAAGCUACGCUAUCUACAUCUACAAAGUACUUAAACAAGUCCACCCUGAUACUGGAGUUUCCAGCAAGGCGAUGAGCAUCAUGAACAGCUUCGUCAACGACAUUUUCGAACGUAUCGCUGCUGAAGCCUCUCGUCUCGCUCAUUACAACAAGCGAUCAACUAUCACGUCUCGGGAAAUCCAGACCGCUGUUCGACUCCUGUUGCCUGGUGAACUUGCCAAGCACGCUGUUAGUGAGGGCACCAAAGCUGUCACUAAAUACACGAGCUCGAAGUAAUUACUUCCUACGAACAUCAAUCGGCCCUUUUUAGGGCCAACAAAAAAUCUAAACGUAGAACAUGCUGUUGACAAAACGGUAAUUGCCGUUGUCCGACGAAAUUCGAUUUCUAAAAUCAACAUUUAAUAUUGAAAUUGUGACAGAACAAUGAGAUAAUAAGUUGCGAAGUGAUCACAAUUAUUCUAAUAUUCGAUACUUUUCAUUUAACUUGGUCAUUAUCGUUAGGAUUUGCAUACUGUACGUAAGACUCGAGGGUUGGAUCAUUUUAUUUCUUCGUUAGCUGUUUUUAAAUACACAUGUAACCGACCACUUCAAACGUAUAUGGAGUUCUGGAUUACCUCCGACUAAUCUGGAGUCAGAUUUUUGUAAAUUUCAUGUGAUUCAACAUUUGGGAGGAAAAAUAUGGUUCAAGUAUGGGCUAUUGUCUUUUCAAAGCUAUGAUUCCAUUGGUAUAUCAAGUCAUAGGAUCGCUUAUGCUUGUAAAAGAUCUCUCGACAACUAUGCAUAUAUACGUUCCUAUAUACGUUAAAAAAAAUCAGCGGACUCGUUGCGCCUUUUUUUAACUCAAUUAGUGUUAGUCUGUAUGGAAAAAGUGCAAAAUACUUUUUCUUGAAGAAAAUGUAUUUAUAGAACUGUACAAAACCACUACCAAUCACGUCGUUCUAGGUUUGAAUUUAGAACGUGAUAGGGUACAAAAAAAUAAACAAAUAAUUUGAAUUAAAAAAAAAUUCAAUAACAAAUUUUAAAAAAUUUGAGACAACAGUACAAUUCAAUUUUUCAUUAUUCGUAUUUGGAAUUAUUUUUAGAAUUGUGGUAGUUCCUAAUAUUUUUGUUCUCAUUUCGUUUCCAGAAUUAGUUAUUGCGUUCAAAAGUCUCACUAUCACCAAUUGAUUUCUCCUAUCUCACAUGAACAAAUAAGUUUCUAGCUGAAGAUGCGUUUGUAAGGGUUGAUGACUGCAUAUCUAAACCAUUAUUCAUUUCGUAUCUAUG